CGGAAGCCAAGACGAUAGAGACGCACCGCCUCGUCUGCACCCGCUGGCGGACAGGAGAGCGGCCGGCGAGGUGAGCAGCUGGCGCGGGCCGCUGGUGGCAGGCGGCGCAGCCCACGCCUGAAACCCGGACCUGAGCACAGAGGAUUUGAGUCCCGCCCCCGCCUCUCGCGACGCCGCACCCGCGCUCUGAGCGCCCGUGGUGCGCCAGGCCCAGAGCGAGGCGGCCCUCUUGGAGCCCCCAGUCCAGGCAGCAGACGAACCGGACGAUGAGUGCCGAGCUCGACAACGAAGGCCCAGGGCCAGUGGAGGGCUGCGGCCAGGAGAGCAACAAUGCCCCCCAAGAGAAGAAGGAGGAAGAGAGGGUUGGGGAGGCUGCAGAGUCAGAGCCUCAGCCUGGGCUCUACAACUACAUCAGGGACGACUUGUUCACUUCGGAGAUCUUCAAGUUGGAGCUGCAGAACGUGCCACGCCACGCCAGUUUCAGCGAUGUCCGGAGGUUUCUGGGUCGCUUUGGUCUGCAGCCCCAUAAGACCAAACUUUUCGGGCAACCUCCCUGCGCCUUUGUGACAUUCCGCAGUGCCGCUGAGCGUGACAAGGCCUUGCGUGUGCUGCAUGGUGCCCUCUGGAAGGGCCGUCCUCUUAGCGUGCGCCUGGCAAGGCCCAAGGUUGAUCCCAUGGCCAAGAAGAGGCGGCGUGAGGAUGAGAGUGAGCCGCCAGCCACGUGCGUGAAUGAUGUAGUGACCCCUCUUUGGACUGUGCCCUAUGCUGAGCAGCUUGAACGGAAGCGGCUGGAGUGCGAGCAGGUGCUGCAGAAGCUCGCCAAGGAAAUUGGGAACACCAAUCGCGCCCUGCUUCCCUGGCUACUCUCGCAGAAGCACAAGCACAACAAGGCCUGCUGCCCGCUGGACGGGGUCAGGCCGUCACCCCAGCAGACCGAGUAUCGAAACAAGUGUGAGUUUCUGGUCGGCGUUGGGGUAGACGGGAAGGACAACACUGUUGGCUGCCGGCUAGGCAAAUACAAGGGGGGUACAUGUGCUGUGGCGGCUCCCUUUGACACCGUGCACAUCCCCAAGGCUACCAAGCAGGUGGUGAAAACAUUCCAGGAGUUCAUCCGGUCUACUCCAUACUCUGCAUAUGACCCAGAGACAUACUCGGGCCACUGGAAGCAGUUGACAGUGCGCACCAGCCGCCGAGGCCAAGCCAUGGCCAUUGCCUACUUCCAUCCUCAGAAACUGAGCCCUGAGGAGCUGACGGAGCUGAAGGCCUCCUUGGCACAGUACUUCAUAGCAGGGCCGGGCAAGGCCAGUGGGGUGACCUGCCUCUACUUCGUGAAGGAGGGACAGCGAAAGGCUCCCAGCCAAGAGGGCCUGCCCCUGGAGCACGUGGCUGGGGACCGGUACAUCCAUGAGGAUCUGCUGGGGUUGACCUUCCAGAUCUCCCCUCAUGCCUUCUUCCAGGUGAAUAGCCCAGCGGCUGAGGAGCUCUACACAGUCAUCCAAGACUGGGCCCAGCUGGACUCUGAGAGCACAGUGCUGGAUGUGUGCUGUGGCACAGGCACCAUUGGCCUGGCCUUAGCCCGGAAGGUGAAGAGAGUCGUGGGGAUUGAGCUGUGCCAGGAAGCCGUGGAGGAUGCCCGGGUAAACGCCUGCAACAAUGAGUUGAGCAACGUUGAGUUCCACUGCGGGAGGGCUGAGGACCUGGUGCCCGCCCUAGUGAGCAGAAUGGCCUCCCAGCAGCUUGUUGCCAUCCUGGACCCACCCCGUGCUGGCCUGCAUUCCAAAGUGAUCCUCGCUGUCCGCAGAGCUGAGAACCUCAAGCGGCUUCUGUAUGUCUCCUGCAACCCGUGGGCGGCCAUGGGCAACUUUGUGGACCUCUGCCGGACCCCAUCUAACAGAGUGAAGGGCACCCCCUUCCGGCCAGUCAAGGCUGUGGCCGUGGACCUGUUCCCGCAGACCCCACAUUGCGAAAUGGUCAUCUUGUUCGAAAGGGUGGAGCACCCCAAUGGCACAGGGAUCCUGGAGCCCCAGAACCCUCCAGCUCAGCCCUUACCAGAGCCCCCAGAUGAUACCCAGACCCAGCAAGCAACUGUUGGGGCCUCCCCCUCUUCCUAGACCCCUGGAACAGUAGAGACCAGCCCUUCCAGAAUAACAGCCAGUCUACAUCACAGGGGCAGAAACCAAGGGGCUCCUGGAGUCUUUACCUCACCCCAAGAUGCUCAGAGGCAGUAACAAACAGGGCACAAGACCUGGCUCUUCUGCCUAGGGCCAGCCUGUCCCUGUGGACCAUGGAUUCCUACAUACUGUACCCGCACCUACUCCCCUCAUUCUUUUGAACCAGAUGAGCCACAAAGGCCAGAAUAAACAAUUACUGAACUUCU